UUUAAAUUUAUGAAGUAUUUAUUGAUCGUUCUUGGGUGUUUCUCGGAGAGGGGGAUAUGGGAGGGUCAUAGGAUAAUAGUGGAGAGAAGGUCAGGAGAUAAACACAUGAACAAAGGUCUCUGGUUUUCCUAGGCAGAGGUCCCUGCGGCCUUCUGCAGUGUUUGUGCCCCUGGGUACUUGAGAUUAGGGAGUGGUGAUGACUCUUAAAGGGCAUGCUGCCUUCAAGCAUCUGUUUAACAAAGCACAUCUUGCACCGCCCUUAAUCCAUUUAACCCUAAGUUGACACAGCACAUGUUUCAGAGAGCAUGGGGCUGGGGGAAAGGCCAUAGAUCAACAGCACCCCAAGGCAGAAGAAUUUCUCCUAGUCAGAACAAAAUGGAGUCUCCUAUGCCCACCCCAUUCUACACAGACACAGCAACAAUCUGAUCUCUCCUUCCUUUCCCCACACUUCCUCCCCUUCUCUUCAACAAAACCGCCAUCGUCCUCAUGGCCCGCUCCCGAUGGUCGCUGUCUCUUUGGAGCUGUUGGGUACACCUCCCAGACAGGGCAGCCAGGCAGAGGCGCUCCUCACGUCCCAGACAGGGCGGCCGGGCAGAGGCGCUCCUCGCUUCCCAGACGGGGCCGCCCGGGCAGAGGCGCUCCUCUCCUCCCAGACGGGGCGGCCGGGCAGAGGCUCUCCUCACAUCCCAGACGAUGGGCAGCCGGGUAGAGGCGCUCCUCACAUCCCAGACGGGGCGGCCGGGCAGAGGCGCUCCUCACUUCCCCGACGGGGCCGCCCGGGCAGAGGCGCUCCUCGCUUCCCAGAAGGGGCCGCCCGGUCAGAGGCGCUCCUCGCUUCCCAGACGGGGCUGCCCGGGCAGAGGUGCUCCUCACUUCCCAGACGGGGCCGCCCGGGCAGAGGCGCUCCUCACUUCCUCCCAGACCGGGUGGCAGCCGGGCAGAGGUGCUCCUCACCUCCCAGACGGGGCGGCCGGGCAGAGGCGCUCCUCACCUCCCAGAGGGGGCGGCCGGGCAGAGGCGCUCCUCACUUCCCAGACGGUGUGGCGGCUGGGCAGAGGCGCUCCUCCCUUCCCAGAUGGGGCAGCCAGGCAGAGGCGCUCCCCACUUCCUCCCAGACGGGGUGGCGGCCAGGCAGAGGCGCUCCUCACUUCCCAGAGGGGGCGGCCGGGCAGAGGUGCUCCUCACUUCCUCCCAGACGGGGUGGCAGCCGGGCAGAGGCACUCCUCACCUCCCAGACGGGGCAGCCGGGCAGAGGUGUUCCUCAUCUCCCAGACGGGGCGGCCGGGCAGAGGUGCUCCUCAUCUCCCAGACGGGGCGGCCGGGCAGAGGUGCUCCACACUUCCUCCCAGACGGGGUGACGGCCGGGCAGAGGCACUCCUCACCUCCCAGACGGGGCGGCCGGGCAGAGGCGCUCCUCACCUCCCAGACGGAGUGGUCAGGCAGAGGCGCUCCUCACUUCCCAUAUGGGGUGGCGGCCGGGCAGAGGCGCUCCUCACUUCCCAGAUGGGGCAGCCGGGCAGAGGCGCUCCUCACUUCCUCCCAGACGGGGUGGCGGCCAGGCAGAGGCGCUCCUCACUUCCCAGACGGGGCGGCCGGGCAGAGGUGCUCCUCACUUCCUCCCAGACGGGGUGGCGGCCGGGCAGAGGUGCUCCUCACCUCCCAGACGGGGCGGCCAGGCAGAGGCGCUCCUCCCUUCCCAGACGGAGUGGCCAGGCAGAGGCGCUCCUCACCUCCCAGAGUGGGCGGCCGGGCAGAGGCGCUCCUCACUUCCCAGAGUGGGCGGCCGGGCAGAGGCGCUCCUCACUUCCCAGAGUGGGCGGCCGGGCAGAGGCGCUCCUCACUUCCUCCCAGACGGGGUGGCGGCCAGGCAGAGGCGCUCCUCACCUCCCAGACGGGGCGGCCGGGCAGAGGCACUCCUCACCUCCCAGAGUGGGCGGCCGGGCAGAGGCGCUCCUCACUUCCCAUAGGGGGUGGCAGCCGGGCAGAGGCGCUCCUCACUUCCCAGAUGGGGCAGCUGGGCAGAGAUGCUCCUCACUUCCUCCCAGAUGGGGUGGCGGCCAGGCAGAGGCGCUCCUCACCUCCCUGACGGGGCGGCCGGGCAGAGGCACUCCUCACCUCCCAGAGUGGGCGGCCGGGCAGAGGCGCUCCUCACUUCCCAGAGUGGGCGGCCGGGCAGAGGCGCUCAUCACUUCCCAUAGGGGGUGGCAGCCGGGCAGAGGCGCUCCUCACUUCCCAGAUGGGGCAGCUGGGCAGAGGUGCUCCUCACUUCCUCCCAGACGGGGUGGUGGCCAGGCAGAGGCGCUCCUCACCUCCCAGGCGGGGCGGCCGGGCAGAGGCGCUCCUCACCUCCCAGGCGGGGCGGCCGGGCAGAGGCGCUCCUCACCUCCCAGAAGGGGUGGCUGGGCAGAGGCGCUCCUCACUUCCCACAUGGGGUGGCAGCCGGGCAGAGGCGCUCCUCACUUCCCAGACGGGGUGGCGGCCAGGCAGAGGCGCUCCUCACUUCCCAGAUGGGGCAACCGGGCAGAGGCGCUCCUCACUUCCUCCCAGACGGGGUGGAGGCCAGGCAGAGGCGCUCCUCACUUCCCAGACGGGGCGGCCGGGCAGAGGCGCUCCUCACUUCCUCCCAGACGGGGUGGCGGCCGGGCAGAGGCGCUCCUCACCUCCCAGACGGGGCGGCCGGGCAGAGGUGCUCCUCAUCUCCCAGACGGGGCAGCCGGGCAGAGGCGCUCCUCACUUCCUCCCAGACGGGGUGGCGGCCGGGCAGAGGCGCUCCUCACCUCCCAGACGGGGCGGCCGGGCAGAGGUGCUCCUCAUCUCCCAGACGGGGCAGCCGGGCAGAGGCGCUCCUCACUUCCUCCCAGACGGGGUGGCGGCCGGGCAGAGGCGCUCCUCACCUCCCAGACGGGGCGGCCGGGCAGAGGCGCUCCUCACUUCCCAGAUAGGGCGGCCGGGCAGAGGGGCUCCUCAUAUCCCAGACGAUGGGCGGCCAGGCAGAGACGCUCCUCACUUCCUAGACGGGGUGGCGGCGGGGCAGAGGCUGUAAUCUUAGCACUUUAAGAGGCCAAGGCAGGAGGCUGGUAGGUGGAGGUUGCAGCGAGCCGAGAUCACACCACUGCACUCCAGCCUGAGCACCAUUGAGCGUUGAGUUAGCGAGACUCCGUCUGCAAUCCCAGCACCUCGGGAGGCUGAGGCGGGCAGAUCACUAGAGGCCAGGAGCUGGAGACCAGCCCGGUCAACACGGCGAAACCCCGUCUCCACCAAAAAUACAAAAACCAUUCAGGCGUGGCGGCGCGCGCCUGCAAUCCCAGGCACUCGGCAGGCCGAGGCAGGAGAGUCACAGGAGCCCGAGGCAGGGAGGUUGCAGCGAGCCGAGAUCACGGCAGUACAGUCCAG